AUGGUUCAACAUCCAUCUGGCCCUUUCUUUGAAUUGACUGCAACUGAAUAUCAGGAUGCAGUAGCAAAGUUUCCGAAGCUAAAUGAACAAUCAGAUCUCAGUUAUACUGAACGUGGAGCGUGCGCUUCUAUCGUCGUCGGUCGUGAUGCCUAUUUUGACAACUCAACGGUGCUUUAUCAGUUUGAAAGAAUGUUUAAAAUGUUGCAAUUUCAUUCGGAACUCAAAAAAUGUGCAAUUGAAUUUGUGGUAGAUAAUGGCAGAACCCACACUGCUCGAUCUUACUGCUUAAAUGGCUUCGGGCGAGGUAAAAAUACGAGAUGUCCAGUUAAAGCUAUUGACUACACAGAUGCCAAUGGUAAGAAAAAAACUCUCCAGUGUUAUCAUCGAACAGGGAAAUUUAAGAAACAAAGUAAAGGAUUACUUCAAAUUGCUUUGGAGCUGAAAGUGACGACGGAUUCUGAUUUGAAACUGAACGAAUUAAAAGCUCUCUUGUCUAAUCAUCCGGCAUUUGCUAAUGUAAGUAAAACCCUACAGCACCAUCUCUCAGUUGUCCUUCAUCUUUCUUUCUUCCUGAUUUUCUUAGAAGUCACGUCUUGAGCAAUUAGGAGAAAAUACGGUGUCAAAGUUAUCUUUAGUCCAAAAUUCCAUUCAGAAUUAAACGCAAUUGAAGGCUUAUGGCGUAGUCAAAAACAGUACAUUCGAUCACGUACUGAUCAAACCUUUCGAAUAAUGCUUCGUUUGAUGAAUGAAUCACGACUCAAUUUCAAAGAAAAACAGUUACAUUUAAAACUAUUCCAUCGUUUCUGGAAAUGUCUGAGUGCUUAUGAAAGUGGCCAGUCGUAUUAGCAGGUUCUUCAACUCUUCUUUAGUAAUUUAACCCGUGGAACAGAAAAAGGACAUGCUCGAGUUAGUAACUCUAGUCUUCAGAAUGUUUAAGCCGUUUCUAGUCAUUUAAACUUCUUUAUUAUCGUUUUUUCUAGCUUUUUCUCAUGUAAUGUUAUUGAAGCACUGAUAUUUUUAACCAAGAAACAGUAGAAUCCAAUCCCUUGUGGCAUUUGUCAAUUGUUUUAUCAUGUGAAGCCCUACUUCUUGACGAUUUUCUAGAAAAGCACCUGAAAUUCCUUCCAAAACCCUUCGAGAGAAUCCCUUGAAAAUCCUGUAGUGAUCUGUAGAAUACGUUCAUUGGAUUCUACGCACUUUUUAACCUAUGCGUCGUUGUUUUUGUCUCAUUUGAACCU